AAACUAAACCUUGAUCACAAAUAUUUAUGUGAGACUUUUAACAGUUUUAGUAAUAUAUACUCAUUUAAAAAAAUUCAAAAUACAACAUAUAAAAAAAUCUAAAUUUUUAUUAUAUGAUUAAUAUAAUUGUGUAAUUUAUUUUAAUAAUAAAUAAUUAAACAAAAUGAUAGAAAGUAUACAGAUUGUUAGCAAAUCUUUAUUAAUUAAAAUCAUUAGUUAUCAUAUAUAUCCUUAUCACAUUAGAUAAUUCCGUAGGUUUUAUUUAAGGAAAAAAAUAUAAUAAUUUUAAUUUGAUAAAUGAAUGGUCCAUAACGAACAUACUAUAUAAUAUAACAUUCUCUAACAAUUUAAUUUUGGACUAACAAAGUUAGAAUUUUAAUUACAUGACAACUCAACAGGGUACUUUUUUAAUUAAUAAUCGGGGUUGCUCUUCCGGAUUGGGGAGCUACCCCUCGGAGCCUUUCAACCAUGAACUGCAUGGCGUUGAGCCUCUUGGAGAACAUCUGCUCAGGUAAGCAACCAUGGGAGACUCCGUCUUUGCUGCUCCCUCGGGUGCUUCCUUGUCGUGUUCCAGCUCAGAUUCGCUGUCUUCUACGUCGUACGUUUGAGAACCCUUAGCCUUUUCCCGUGUUUCUGCGUCUCCUUGCGACGUCGUAGGCGGGAUAGUUGUGCAUGUUCUGGAGUUAGGUGUCUCCAGAGUCGGCAUGGGUCGGAUCCGAGUCCGGAAUCGACGCUUUUUGUUACUUGCCGUAUUGAGGGCUUGGUUCUCGCCUCGGAGGUUUAGAUUCUUCGAUUCGAGCUGGCUGAGCUUUUUGGCGCUCUGCUCCAGUUGCUUGGAGUGUUCGUCGAGCUUCUCCUUCAAGCUCUGGACUUUUGAGGAGAGCUAGGGAUUCUCUGCAACUUCUAUCUGAGCUCUAUUUAGCUCGGUUACUUGGCUUUGUAUACCGUCGAGUUACCUUUGGAGCUCUGCUUUUCUUGGAGUAGCUUCGGGUCGCUCGUUCUGCACAUCCACCGCCAUUAUCACGCAGUUUAGAGUACUCCUCUCCUUCUAGCGCCAAACUGUUAAGGGAUUUUUGUGUAUGAUCUUUGUGCGUACUACGGAACGAUGGACAAGGCUGGUAUUCGUAUAGAUUUAGAGAGAAAUAGACUUGAAGAGAUGUUUUGUUAGAUAGAACAAGCUGGAACUACAAUGUAUUGAGUAAGAACCCUAGUUCUAGCCGCCUAUCCUUAAUCUCUGAGUCUUGAAGCAUCGAUCCCUUGCUCCAGGGUUUAGGCUCCCCUUAUAUAGUUGUUUUUAGGUCGGCCUUAGUCGGUUUGAGUAGGUUAAAGUCUUCUUUAUUCGAAAAUAUGGAAGGUUCUCCUUAUCGGAAGUUUUCCUUUUCCCGGAGGAAGGGGGUGGUCCCUGGGACUGGACCCGGAAUACUUUCUAGCGGGGACCUGGGGUGUCUCCUAGACGGUGUCUUGCCUGGGAUCUGGAGGAAUUCAAUACCUGAGUAUUUGUUUCCCCAACAAUUGUCAAGUAGUUUAGAAUACUCCCCUCCUUCUAGCGCCAAACUGUUAGGGGAUUUUUGUGUAGGAUCUAAGUGAGUACCAUAGAAUGAUGGACAAGCUUUGAUUUCAUAAAGAUUGAAGAGAAAUAGACUUGAAGAGAUGUUUUAUUGAGUAAACAAGCUGGAACUACAAUGUAUUGAGUAUGAACCCUAGUUCUAGCCGUCAAGCUCAAAUCUCUAAGUCUUCAAGUGUCGAUCCCCUGUUCUAGGGUUUGGGCUUCCAUUAUAUAGUUGUCUUAAAGUCAGCUGAAUCGGUUUGAGUAGGUUAAACUCUUUAAUAUUCGGAAAUAUGGAAGGUUCUCCAUAUCGGAAUUUUUCUAUUUCCCGGAGGAAGGGGUGGUCCGUGGGACCGGACCUGGAGUGCUUCCUAGAGGGGAGCCGGGGCGUCUCCUAGCGGGGACCCGGAGGCCGGUGUCCUGCCUGGGGUCUGGAAGAAUGCAAUACCUGAAUAUUUUUCCCCAACAUAUAUAUAUUAAAUUAUUACAUUUAGAAAUGGGCGUCGAUCGACGUUUACACAUCGGUGUCGAUCGACUGUCUCUGUCGAGUCACUGACCUAUUAAAUUCGACACUUCAUCGAACUCACCCUAAAAUCGCAAAAACACUCUGAAACCUCCACCCAUUGAUUUCUAUCAUUUCUGAGCCGAUUUUGGCCGUUCUUGAGCCUACCCCAUUCGAUUUUAACAUCUUUAUCUGUUUAGUUCACUCAAUCAACCGAUCUACAAGGUAUACCGUCGAAAUCAUCAAAAUUUAAGGUUUUCUAGGGUUGACACUUGAGAUGAAUUAGAACUCGGAAUUAUAGCUCUAUUUAACAAUAUUAUGACUGCUAGACCAAUGGGAAACGAGUUUUGUACUGAAUUGUGUGACCAUUGUGUUAUAUGAAAUUGAAUUGUGGUGGUUAGAUUUUUGCAGGGACUGCACCAUCGAUCGACAACACGACAUCUCCGUCGAUCGACGAUUCACUCAGGCUAACGAUCGAUGUCGACAUACGUGUGUCGAUCGACAUCGAUCAUCGUUUCAUCAUCCUUGCUAAUUUCACAACCUCAUGUGUUUUUUGUUUGCAGAUGACCGACAGAGAGAGAAAGACGUUUCGAUCGCCCUAGCAGCUCCAACGCACCACCACCUCCAGAAAUGGUCCACAAUCCUUGGCCGAGGGUAAGGAAGGAGAACCCCUUGAGACUUUUGAGCAUUUUGCUGAUCCUCACGAAGCCGUCAAGAACAUCAAAUGCACCCACUGUGAAAUCUGAGAAGCAUGGGAUGACUAUGAAAGCUUGUUCUACAAUGAGUGGCUGAAGGUCACCAUCGAGCCCACACGCUUCAUCGACUAGGCGACUAUACGGAGACUUGGGCUCGAGACGGACUUAGAGGAGCUGAUCCGCGAGUUGGGUUUGGGAACCAUUGCUACACGCUCUUAUGACUUGUACCUCGAGCUAGUGAGACAAUUCAUGGCUACAAUGCAGGUCUAUUACUCCAACGAGAGGGUGAAGAUGGUGCACGAGGGCACACUGACUUUCUUCAUCCGAGGCAUCAGACACAGGAUUCCUCUCUUCACACUUUGUGACAUCUAUCGGUUCAGUAGCAAGCUCACACGUUGCGUCGUCCCGCCUUUCUUGGACAGUCAAGAGUUCUGGGGACACUUUCCUAACAAAACUUAGACUAAAUAACACUGGGAUCAGUGUUGUUUAAGUCUGGGGGAGGUAGUUACUAACAUUUCAUUCUAUCUUGAGCUUUUAACAUAUAUAUAAAAAAAAGAGUUUUAAAAUUUGGUUUUAUUAAGUCAAGAAAGGGACUAUGAUCUAAUACUAUUUGACUGCUGCUCUAACCACUUUCUAGCACCAUCUAGAUUUACUAACUACAUGAUGUAUUAGAUAGAAACACCGCAGAGUAUCACGUGAUGCUCACAUCCACACUUGCUAAGAAUACCUGAAGAAACCAAAGCUGACAUCUAACCUUAAAUUAUUCUCCUUGCUUGUCUUGGAGCUUGGAAUACAUAGGAUCAAAGUCCACUUGUAAGUCUGGACGAUAUUAAACUUAGUGUCCCUAUUUCUCUCUCCACCUCUCUUUAGCAUCAAUAGUUACAAAAGAUUGAGAUUAUUUCUUGUGGUUUAGAGGGGUAGGAGUGUCUCAUGCGACCCCAUUAUUCUACUCUAAUAGAAUGAUCACACAUUGUUUGGAAGCGAGGGGUAGAUACAUUAUCAAUGACCCCACUAUUUGCCUACAACUUUGCCAUCAAAAAAAAAAAUUGAUUCAAAAAAGAGAGAAGAGAGAGGGAGAAUUAGAAAGGUUUACCUAUAAAUCCAGAUACUUGUUUGAGUUGAUUUUAUGUGUUCAGUGAUUGAUAUGCAGAAAUGAGGUCAGUAGAGGGGUAUGUCAAGAGCUAUUAGUUGAGUUGUGUGAUUAUAUGGUAUAGUGACUAAGCUAGUGUGCAGUACAUUGAAAGCAUCUAAGGUUAAUAAUGACUCACUUCCAUCUAUCAUAAAUUUCAGAAGUGAGAGUAGUUAUUCUAAGUCAUGUGAGUCCCUGCUGUUUUCAAACAAUUCUCACACAAUAGUUCUAUAUAUUACUUGAGGACAAGAAAAAAGAUAACUCUGGGGAUGUUGAUAUAUCAUGGAUUUUACCCACUUUUUGACCAUGUUUAUAUAUGUUUUUAGAGUCUUCUAUAUGCAUUCGGAGUCUUUUCAGAGCUUUUAUAAGUUUAGGGACUCAUUUGAGGAAAAUGAUGUUUUGGAGUAUUUUGGAACCUUUUUGAAGAGUUAUGCUGAAAUCACUAAGGCAGAUCGAUUAUUGAGAAUAAACAUCGAUCGACAGAUCACUUCUAACAUCGGUCGACGGAUCACCAUCGAUGUCGAUCGACGGCAAACCAUCCGCGAGAAUCAGCAUUUAAGGAAAUCACAAGUUUUACCCAAAACUCCAAGUUAUUGCACCAUAAGUCAUUGGCCGCAUGUUAGGCUAUUUAUUAGGGUUUUGUAUCAUUUUGGAGGUAGACCUUCUUAAGACUUCUACCACCAUUGUCACACACUUGAAGAUGAGGCACACUUGAUAACUUGGAGAGCUUAGGAUAUGCGAGAGAUAUAUGAACUUCAUAACAGAGAAGAUCUUGAACUCUUAUAUUUCUUUGCUUUGUCUUGUUAUUUUUCACAUUCAUUACAUUUAAGUAUUAUUCAGAACAUCCUGACUAUGUAUCUUAUGAAUAUGUCUGAGUAGUCCUACUGUUAGAUUAGGGUUCUUCAAAGGGUGAUCUAUGAAUUGCUAAUAUGAACUGAUUGUUAGGAUGUUUAAAAUAGUUCUUCAUCUAGUUACUCUUAAUGCUAAGUCUAGGAUUGAUCACCCUAAACUUAGAUCUUAGGUUUAACUGGUGCCAGCGGAAGCUCGGUUGAUUGCCUGAAACUAAACUAGAAUGAUCUAAUUAACUAGAUACACACGAAAGUUGGUCUAGGAGAUUAGAGAACUUAUCAGACCUGUUUGCAAAGCGUGCUAGAAAGAACAUCGAUCGACAACUUAAUAGUUGCAUCGAUCGACAAGCUGUAAGGUGUAUCGAUCGACAUUCAUAUAGAAUCAUCGAUCGACACUUUCUCAAGAUCAAUAAGCGACAACUUAGAUCUUAGAUCUAGACAUUAAAUAAUAAAAACAAACGAAUGUUGAUAGAUUAUACUGAAGCUUGAGUUCAAGAACAUAUAAUUUAUAAUUCCUAAAUAAAUUAAUUAAGUUUGCAUAGUUGUCACACCUGAGAAUUAUCCCAAAUCUAGCUCUUCCACAUACAGUUUACAACCAAAAACCAUUCAAUCGAACAACUACUUUGUUCAACUGAUUUACUGCUUUAAUAAUAAUUGUCUAGCUUUAUUUCGAAAACUACAAAUCUAUUGUAUAAUCUUCCUCUGUGGAUUCAAUUCCUAAGUAUUACAACUGAACCUCUAACUUGAGAGAGUACAAAUCACUCCUUAGGGUAAUUUGAGUGAUAUUAGGUGGAGACACGGUCGGCCAACUCGCGCUUUUUUCAGUUUCCCGCUGGUAAGCCUUGAUGGACGAUACCGUGAAAUGGCAGUACUACGACCCACCGAUGAUCAUGCUCACUCUCUGAAGAUUAUUGUCGUUUAUUUUAUCGUCAUGACUUCUUCCGCGCUUUUUGCCUGACUGAUUCCCUUGAGAAGAAUUCUCUGAGGUUUUAUCAUUUUUUGGCGGGUGAUUGGAAUCGCGGAUGAGAUCCUUGAUACCGGCGACUUCGGAGAUUUCUUCUGCGAGUAAUUUCGCGGCAAGCCUCGCGCCAAGGGCUUUGCAGUUCACGGUCUAGUGACCUCGCGUCUGGUGGAAAUCGCAGAAGACGGAGUCAUCGUAACCUGAAUUUUGAGUCCACAUAUUUCUCGACAUCCUUCAUUGUUCGGAUUUUAUGGCAUAGUUAUGUGCCCCUAGAGUUAUUCCCUCUCGUGAUGGAUAUACUUGUCGUUACGAGAGUUCUUCUUUUUAGACUUUUGGUCUUAUGCUGCAUCUUUCGAGGAUGUUUUUGUCGACUUAUGUUUUUACGAUAAAACUUUCAUCUCUUAUUCGAUGGUGAUGUAACUCGUAGCCCUAAGGAGAGCAUCUUGGAUUAACUGCGGCUUGCCGAAAGUUAUCCACAUUCUGAACUUCAACUUUUACCAGAGCGUCUUUCUGAACGCGUCUAUUGCCACUUUGUCGCUUAUCCCGCUAACUCUCGCCAUGACGAGCGUGAAUCUAUUCAAAAAGUCACAGAGAGGUUCGUCUUCUUUCUGGGCCAGGCUCCAGAGAUCGACUUCGAAAGUUUCUCUAUCUAUGAACAUAGAGUAUUGUUUGAGAAAUUAUGAAGCGAGUUGGCGGAAACUUCUGAUCGAGCGUUUGCGGCUAAGAGUUAGAUAGAUCUGUACCUCCCAUCAUUCUAGCGCCGAACUGUGGGAACCAAAAUUCACACCGUCAUUUUCCGUAAAAUUAGGAAAGUUAUGAAACUCUAAAUAUCCCAGAGGUCCCAUAUUUCUGCUAAGCCAAACCUCAAGCAAUCAUAUAACGUAAACAGACGAAAACAAUAACUUGAAUAAAACGAAAAGGGAGCUAAGAAGGUCUUAUUCGAAUCUGCGUAUGAGCGUUUACAACGGGUAAAGCCUUGGCCUUAAGAGCUGUCGGCGAGUUUAUCUUCUCGCGAAAAUAAUUAAUUUUCUCUUGAUCUUUAUGAUUAUCCCUUGAAACUUGACAUUUAUCUUCAAACUUGACAUUUAUCUCUUCUCGCGAAUAUUCAAUAAACUGUCAUAGUGACUUCGGGCCUGAUUCUCGUAAAACCCCGUAAGUGGGCUCUUCCCGCGCUUUAGACCCUUUGGGCCGUUUUUCGACUAAAACGUUUUUACGAUUUUUUUCAGAAGAAUUACCUUUCGUGACGUCGGUUUUACGAAUAUAGCCGAAAUUAAUCGUAUAGCCGAGAUAACCAUGUUGUUAAGUUAACCAUUACGUUUUAUACGAUUGAUCCAAACUUAUACGAGAAAAUAAGUCUUUGUCGUUUCUAUCGUAAAGUUUCAACGUUAACUCUGAUCAAGACGAAACAAGAGACAGUUUGACCAAGACCCAAAAGGGGGAGGGGAGCUCCGGAGACGAGGGUGCAUGGUGCUCGACUGAUCCAACUCACCUAAUGGUGAACUGGACGAGGCUGAUCCAACUCGCCAUGGGGAGAGUUGGAAGUGGUUCAUCCAACUCGCCUAAUGGAGAGUUGGAUUGGUCGAUCCAACUCGCCAUUGGGAGAGUUGGACUUGGCUUAUGAAACUUGCCCGAUGGCGGGUCGGACGAUGUUGGUUCAGUUUUUUCGAUGCUUCGUAAUCGUCUGUUCGAGAGGUUGAAUGAUCCUUUGCUAGGAGCUUGUCGCGUAAUAGUCUAAAAAUAUGAAGUUUCAGUUUUUUCGUAUUCUUAAUCUUUAUUUAGAAAGAUUUCUUGGGAACUUUCAGUUGAUAUUUUCAUUACCGAUUUUGACCCCAACAGUCUCGAAGAUGGAAGAAGCGCCUUUUAGAUAAACAGAAGGUUAGUAGUGAUGCAAUUGUUGGAUCAUUCAUCUUUUUGUUUGUUUGAUGAUUUAAUAUCCGUAUUUUUCUGUUGUAGGGUUUAGUUUGGCUGUUCACACUAUUCUUCCACAAGCUGAACAUAGACAGUGUGCUCGAAACAUAAUGGAGAAAUGGAAAAGAGAUACUCAUGAUCAUGAACCACAACUCCUGGUUUGGAAGAUAGCUCGCAGCUACACAAUAGGAGAGUUUACCGACAAUUCAGAAGCACUAAACAGGUUCAAUCAUCAUGCUUAUAAUUCUUUACAAAACACUGAUCCCAAAUCAUCGUCUAUAGCAUUUUUUAGGAUUGGAACAUGCUGCCAUAACAAUCUCAAUAAUCUCAAUGAGUCUUUUAAUAAGACAAUUCAGAAAGAAAGGAAAAAUCUCUUCUAGAUUUGCUAGAGGAUAUUAGGAAACAAUGUAUGGUACGUAAUGCAAAGAAGUCCAUUAUUGCAGAAAGAUUGAAGAUAAGGUUCACAAAAAGAGCACAUGCCGAGAUAGAAAGGGUGAUAAAACUAUCAUAACAUUGCGUCCGUUACAUGGACAGAAAUAAUUUGCAUGAGAUAGAGAUCAAUGGUGUUAACUAUGUGGUUUAUGAAUGGGAAGACUUGUUGUUGCAUAAAAUUGCAGAUGGUUGGAAUCCCUUGUGUUCAUGCCGCAAGUGUUCAUGCCGCAAGCUUAUGUGAAUGAGUAUUACAUAACAAAGAUGUGGCGAGAAACAUAUAAGGAUGGUAAUAAGCAUGUACAAGAGAUGAUGGGGUGGCCUAGAUUGAAUACGCUAGCUGUUUUGCCACCACCAUGGAGAAGAGGCAAUCCGGAAAGACCAAGUAAUUAUGCUAGAAGGAAAAGAAGGAAUGAAUCUGGAUCAAGUAAGAGCACAUUGACACGCCAUAUAAGAAUUCUGACAGGCUAAGUGUGGGGAAGAUGGACACAAUAAACAAGGCUGUAAAAAUUUGUGUGGGGAGUCAACCUAAAAGGCCAAGAGAACGACCAAAAAAACAGGUUUGUAUGUUGUUGAGAUUUUCAUUUGAAUUUGAUAAAUUUUAUUUUUGUUUGUCUCAUACAUUUUCUUUUAUUUUUGAAUUAGGGAGAAGUUUCACAAGCACAAGGCUAAUCACAAGGACAAGAUUUUCCACUAGAAAUUGAGUGUUGAAAUUGAUUUGUAUUCUAUUGUGUAAUGACUGUGUAAUGAUUUGUUGGGUUAUCACUCUUUCUGAACUCGUUUUGGAUCAUGUAAUGGUUAGGUAGUAUGCUUUGUUAUGGUUUUUUGUUAUCACUGGUUCACGUUUAAUAUCAAUCAAGUUAUUGCUAAAAUAUACCAUAAAGAAAGACAAAACUAAUGAAAUAGAAAAGAAUUAUUUCAUUAACUUAACACUGAUUAAUUAAGUAACGUCUAAUUAAUAGUUUUUAAAAGAGAAAUGGAGAAACGACAUACAAGAGAUCUGCAGCAUGGCGCAAGGAGUACCGUCAAGCAUGGAUCCGCUAGGGCGGCUCAGGUGAUACAGUCAGACGUGAAUCUUCAUAAGGCAGGUAGAAUUGUCGGCUGUAGAAUCGUCUUGUAAUAUUUCUCAGAAUUUGUAAUAGCAUAAUAUAUUCAGCGUUAAAAAAAUUAAUAUUUUUUAAAGUCCAGUUAACUAAUCUGACGAUAUGCCUAAUUUGGUAGUCAACGAAAGUUUGUGAUUUAAAAGAAAAGUCGAUAAAAACUUUGAUGUUUUAAUUUGUUAUAGAAGAAUUCAUUAAUUUAAUAGCCAUAAUUUGAAAUUUUGCGAUUUUAAUGAACAUUUUCCCAAAGAAAAAUGCCUAUAAAGAAUUAUUUAAGUUUGAUAUAAAUAUUGUUAUUUUACUUAUAGUUUCAACCACAUCAUCAGCAGUAAGCACCAUAAUCAUCUAUACUAUACUAAAAGGAGAAUAAGAUGAGUGGUGAGAGUGUCCACGUCCUCACUUUAAAUCAGCCAAUGGGAUUGGUUCUUUUCUCCACGUGUUACUCUCCAAUUUCUUCAUCUCACGUUUACAAAACUCUCGCUCUCUAGAUUAUUAACAAUUUGCAAAAGGCCUUUAACUAGCCCAAAACAUUUCCCGAAAAUCUGUACAGCCACGUCCUUCCAUCUUCUUCUACUCGCGAAACCCCAAAUUUCCUGCCGCUCCGGAUUUCUGGUGUAACUUUCUGCCUGAAUAAUUAAGCUUCAUCAAAUCUAUGUUAAUGGCUUCUGCAAUCAAAACCUACUUGCCGAUAGAAUUUCCAUGCCUUCGCCCUAUAUAUAUAUCACUCUGUUACAGUCUACAAAAAAAUCCUUCACUUCCAUGACCAACAAAUCAGCAAUAUCAUCCUCCACAUUCACUACGCUAUGUUCUUCAGUUAUGUUCUUCUCGGCUUGGUAGAGGCAAAGCUUCUAUUUAGGAUCAUCCAUUUUUGGGAUCCCAGAGCACAGCGAGAGGAUACAUGCUUAUUGGUCUGGAUAUAAGGAGAGGAGGCGGAUUCAAAAUGCAUGUUCUUUCGACUACUGCAAAGAGAUUUCGUUUAUUUAUAGGAACUUCUAGCCGAAACAUGGAAGACCUUGAAAGUAUAUCGAAGGCUUGGUUCGAUUUUUGGAAAGAACGCUGAGGUGGAAACAUCUAGCUCCCAUUUCACAAACAACACCCGCAAUGAUACGACGGUUGACGCUUUCGACAGUUUUGUCUGCAAAAAUGGAGCCGGAAACCAUAUUCUGGGAGCUGUCUUUGUUGAUCUCGAGACCAUUGUCAUCUAUGAAAUCUACCGGGACUUACUAGCAGCUUUUCAAUCAUGAGUAACUUAUCUCUGGGAACAACUUCGCCAAUGUUGGAAAGGAGAUUGUGGACCUUUGUCUUAACAGUGUCAGAGAUCUUGCCGACAACUAUACAUGCUUGCAAGGGGUUAUUGGUCUUUAAUGCUGGUGGUGGAGUAACUGGUUCUGGUUUGGGAUAUCUGUUGUUAGAACCUUUGUCUGUAGAUUAAGGAAAUAAGUCGAAACUUGGAUCCACCAUAUAUCCUUCUCCUCAGGUUUGUACUGCUGUUAUAGGUACCUUACAACGGUGUUCUCUUGCUGCCUUCGCUACUUUAAAAAUCUCUCAUAUUUCCUAAAUUUUGCAAGCUCGGUGUUGCGGUUGUAGUGCAUUGAAGUUUGAGCUAAUGAUCUCCCUCAAAUGUCGGCAAAGAUUUUGACAGGGAUUCAUGUGGGCGAGAAAGUCUUAUUCCUAAGGAUUCAGUUAUUCGCAAAUGACAAUAUGCAUCCGUUCAUAUUCCAAAAGAGGCAAUACCACCAAUAAGAGUAUGUUAUGCACAGGUUGCCCUCAAUCUCCCAAGACCAGUUUGUAGGCAUGGUCAGUUGUUUGUGGCUCUCUCACGACUCACAAAGCCUGUGAGAAUAAAAAUACUUGAUAAUACGGAAGCUACAAGUAAGAUUUCACUUUCUAACAAUAUAACUUAAUAUAUCAGCCUGGCUUUUUAACAUACAUUGCAGGAAACAGCUUGGAUAGGAGUCCAGUUUCAUAACAACGACGAGCAAAACUACUCAUUGGGAAGACACCGAAACAGUCAAACACAUUGUUAGGAAUAGCUAUGUCUGAGACGCUUUGAAAUGUUAUAGAGAACUUGCAUAUUUUAGUUUAUUUACGAUAACGAAACAGAGCCACAAGUACGUGGUGAUGCAUUUUUUAUUAAGGAUAAGAAGGAUUAAAAUAUUAGACAGCUUAAUGAAUGGACUCAUAUCCUUAAAAACAUAGAAUAUAUGCAUGAAAUUCUACUAAAUAUUUAUCCGAAAAAUUUCCUUAAAAUCGUCAAGUAACAAACAGUUAUGGUGCAGUUACGAACAAUUGUCUCUCCAUUUUCUUAUAUCAACACUCAUCAUAGUAAUUGUCAACACCCCCAUACUAUUAGAUAUCAAUAGACAAACUCCAUAAGCUAACACAUUCUGAGAAAGUAGAGCAAGCAAGGCUUAAUCAUCGAUAAGCUAGCUCAAAUAUAUUAUAUGAUCUUCUUCCAAAAACUUCUCUGCUUUAUUCUGACAAAAACCAUAUAACCCACGCUCCAAUAACACAACUAAAAUAAACCAAGUUUCUAAAGUCACCCUUCACAAAAAAUAAGCUCAAAUAACAAUAUUGCAAGUUUUCAUUAACAGUAAGAUCAACAAGUCUUUAAGUUACAAAUACAUAUUCCUUAGCAGUACAAGCCAAAUGGUAAGCCCAAGCCAAAGUUCACAAACAACUUAAUGUCUUCCUACAAUGUGUAAAAUAAGUACCCACUUAUACUAACUCACAGUUAUUAUCCACUAAAUGUAAACAAAAUGAUGUUAAAAAUGUAAACAAAUAAACAGCCAUUGAAACAUUCAUAGCUAUUAUUAACAUUAAGAGCUCAAAUAAUCGUUCGUACAGACACUACUGUAUUAAUUUGAUAUGAUAGGGUAGUGUAUGAAACUCAAGUAAAAUUCUACUAGAAAUGUAAUACUUUACUAAUUUAUAACAUUAUCUAUAAAAAUAUUUUCAAGCAACAUGCGUGAAAUUUCCAAUAAAUAAGUUUUUAUAAAAAAAUUCAACAAUCGCUAAAAUAAUUUACAAAACAUAGUUAGAAAAUCACUAAAAAUUAAAGAAAAUAUCAUUAUGAAUUGAAAAUCAAAUAUAAAAUUGUUACAUAAUAUAAGCUAAUUAUUAUUUUGUGAUAUUUUUUGAAAUCAAUUGUAAAUUAUUUUAAAAUGUUUUUUUUAUAAUUUUAACACAUUACAUUUUAUUUAGUUGAUUUAGCUUGGAGGUGGAUGUGGUAAUUUAUUAUCGUGAAAAAAUUAGUUAUUGUAAUAAUAUUAAAAUCUGAUACCCGUAUAAAAAUAUACUAAUUAUUCUUACUUUAAAUUUUCUUCAAAUAUAUCAAAUUGAAAUAUAAAUCAAAUAGAAAAAUAUAAAUCAUUAAAUGUUCAUUAACUUUAAUUUAUUAAUUUUGUUUUCUCAGAAAAAAAUGUUAUUGAUCUUUAUAAUUAAAACCAAAAAAUUUUAAUAAAAGUUAUGAUAUGAUCUUAGAAUAAAAAGAAAUAAAAAUAGAUUGUAUUUAUUAUUUUAAUAUAAAGUAAAUAUUCAAAUAUUUUAUAAAAUUAAAAUAUAUUCUAAUAUGAAAUAGUUUAGUGUAAUUCACCCGCCCGUAGGGCGGACCAACCUCUAGUACUAAUAAAAGAGACUAUUUGAGGCUCUAUGGAAUGUUCAUCUCAACAUAAAAUCCUUCUUCCAAAAGAUGCCACACGACAUUAAUACAUUAUAAAAACAAAGUAAAUAUACAAUAAAAGAAACAAAAAUAUUACAUUAAACAUCUAUUGUAAUAUUACUAUUUGAUAUAAAAGGAAGAAAAUUAAAAUAAGUAAAUACACAAUAUAAGAAAUGGAAAUACUACAUUAAACAUCUAUUUAAAAAUGUAUAGUUUUACAUUUUUAUAUUAAAUUAUAAGAAAACAUAAAAAGAUGUAAAUAUACAAUAGAAGAAAAAUAAAUAUUACAUUAAACAUCUAUCAUAAUAUUACCAUUUGAUGAAAGGCAAAAUAAUUAAAAUAAAUAAAUAUAUAAUAUAAGAAAAAUAAAUAAUAAUUAAAUGUACAAUAUAAGAAAUGGAAUAUUACAUUAAACAUCUAUCUGAAAAAUUUAUAGUUAUACAUUUUUAUCAUUUCCAUUAUUAUAUUACAGCAAAAAAUAAAGAAUAAGUAAAUAUACAAUAGAAGAAACAUAAAUAUUACAUUAAACAUCUAUCGUAAUAUUACCAUUUGAUAUAAAAACAAAAAAAAUAAAAUAAGUAAAUAUAUAAUUAAGGAAAAAACAAAUAAUAAGUAUAUACACAAUAUAAGAAAUAAAAAUACUACAUUAAACAUCUAUCUUAAAAAAGUGUACACAUAUUGGUAAAAGAAUCUGACUCCCAAGAAUCAUUUUAUCUCCAAUAGUCUCAAACCACCCAUUCAUUCUUAAGAGAAGACAAUUUCCAAUAAAAGUAUGUUAUGCAAUGACCAUAAACAAAAAAAAAAAAAAAAUUUACCUACCCAUCAUUCAAUCUUGCGGUUAUUGCGUUUGCAAGUGCAAAGGAAUAUUACCAUGCACAUAAUUGUUUUCAGUUCUUUCAGCUCAUCACAUAAAUGAGCAAUAAUCAUUCUUCCCUAAGAACAAAAAGAAAAAAAAAAAUAUAACGAGUUACAAUUUUUCGAAAUGAAAUACAACUAAGAAACCAAGUCCAGUCCAAAAUCGCAAUCCGAACGCAAACAAUAGUAGGACACAACCAAAUCUAUCAUAAACAACUGCAACACAAGGAUUCAGGGACACAACCAAAUGUAUCAUAAACAACACACCAGCCAUAAACACAGAGCAUGAUUUCAAAAGCAACCAGCUGUGUCAUUGCCAAAACAGAUGAAAAGGAGCCCACUGCCACAAACCAGAAUUAAAAAAGUUACAAAAAACAUGAUGCUAACAAAGAGCAAAGGUGAUAACCGCAAAAGAUGUCAUAGAUGGAGCAGACAGAGAAAUUUACCAUUAGAACCACACUUUUUAUUUACCUAAAAAUAUUAUAAUAAAAUUUUAAUUUAAACAAAGUUAUAAUUGUGUAAAAAUCUUAUAAAAAUUAAAACUAAAUACGGUUGAUUUUCAACUGUCAUAAAUAAAACGUACUUGUUGUAAAAUAAAAAUAGAAUUUUUUGAAAAUAUUCAUUUUUAGAAGUAAGAAUAGAAGAAUACAUUGGAGAGAAACACAUCUCUAUUUUAGAAUUAUUCUAUUUUCUGAUCCAGGUUUUGACCCAUCAUGACGCAUUUCAAUGAUGUGGGAAGACUAUAAGAGUUUUUAAAUGAACUAUUUUAUAAAUUCCUUAACUAAUAAUUAAAUCUAGAAUUCAAAUUACAUAAAAUAGUUUUUAAACUAACAUAUAAAAUCUAAAAGACCUUAAAUAGGUAUUUUGACCCAAAUAUCACACAAAAAUAGAUUUCAUUAAAGAGGUAAAAGACAUUUUUAACCUUGCUUUAUAAAUGUAAAUAAAUAUUUGAAUAAACAAUUUUCUUUAUUUUUAAAAAUACCUUUUUUUAAUUCCAACUGUUUUUUUUAUUUUUACUUUUUAUUGUUUAAAUCUGAAAAUUCAUUUUGAAACUAUUUUAAUUUUUUAAAAAAGUUCCUAAACCGUAAUCUCUUGUGAAACUCCAUCCUUCAAAUAUAAACACUAAAUAUAAAUUAAUUAAUUUUAAAUAAUAAGUAUCUUUUUGCCUCUUUAAUUAAACUCUUUGAUCAUUUUGACUUUGUACGAUAUAUUUAUGGACAAUUCUCUCAAAUAGUCACUUUUGAAUUUUUAUCGCAAAAAUAGUCUUCAAAAAAUAAAAUGACCAAAAUAGCUUUUUUAUUUUGAAAAUUUUAAUUUUAAUUUUUUUUAAAUUUGAAACCCUAUCUCCAAAACUCCACCCCUUAAUUAUAAGUCAUUUAAUAAAAUAUUUUUUGGUCAUUUUUCUCAUUGGAAUCUCUUUUGUGAAAAUAAACUAAAAAUAGCUACUAAGGGAAUUUCUCUUCUACUUAUGUUUAAAUAUUUUGGUCCAAAAAUGAAAAAGUCUUAACAAUUAGAAUUGCGAAGAGAAAAAAUUAAACAGAUAUAUAUAUAUAUGUAUUAAUAUAAAGAAUAGAAAAAGAAACGAAAAAUUGGCGCUUGGGGAUUGGCCGUUGUUUCUGUUAAGGGGGAGAAGAGGAAAGGGGUCUCUGGUCUGUCUUCUUCUAGAUACAACUGUACGUUGACCUUGCGUGCAUCUUAACACGACGAAGAUGGAAACGCAUGUUCCGUGCACUCUCGAGGAAGAAAGACGUAUUGUGACGGAGCUGAUUAGCGAAGCCGGAGAUAAUCUGAAAGAGGGCAACUUGUAUUUCGUCAUCUCUAACAGGUGGUAUACAAGCUGGCAGAGAUCUAGUAGAGAGCCUACUAGGCCCGGUCCGAUUGACAAUCAUGAUAUUAUCGAUACCCAAAGUGACGCUAGUGAUCCGCAGCUUUGUAGGAGGCUUGAGGAAGGCGUCGACUACGUUCUUGUUCCUCAACAAGUUUGGAAAAAACUCGUGGAAUGGUAUAAAGGAGGUCCUACUAUACAGCGAAAGUUAAUCUGUCAAAGGUUUCAGAGCUACAGUGUGGAGGUUUAUCCACUCUGCCUUAAGCUGACAGACAGUAGAGACAAGAGCAGUGCAACCAUAAGGUUGAGCAAACAGGCUUCUGUAGGUCUACUAUAUGAGUUGGUUUGUUCUGCAAGAGGUGUCUCAAAAGAAAAGGCUCGCAUCUGGGAUUACUUCGAGAAGAAGAAAAGCGUACUCUUGGAUCCUUCAUCUGAAAGAACCUUGGAGGAAUCGUGCCUUCAAGUAGACCAUGAUAUUCUUCUUGAAGUUGAUGAGAAUGCGUCUUCUAAGUAUGACAUGAGCUCGGCGGGCAAUGAGUUAGCUCUUGUACCUGUAGGGCCUACGAGAUCAGAUGCUACCAAUACUACGCCUGGUGCUAAUGGUCACUCCUCGAGUGGUUUUGGGGAAAGAGAAAAGAGAGGCUUAAGAGGAUUGCAUAAUUUGGGAAACACGUGUUUUAUGAAUAGCACUCUUCAGUGUUUAGCUCAUACGCCUCCUUUCGUUGACUAUUUCUUGAAAGAUUACAGCGAUGACAUAAAUGAAGAUAAUCCUUUGGGAAUGCGAGGUGAGCUUGCGACUGCGGUUGGUGAGCUUCUGAGGAAGCUGUGGUCUUCUGGAAAAAAUGCAGUUGCGCCACGCUUUUUUAAGACAAAACUUGAUAGAUUUGCACCUCAAUUUAGUGGUUAUAAUCAGCAUGAUUGUCAAGAAGUCCUUUCUUUCCUAUUGGAUGGGCUUCAUGAAGACUUGAACAAGGUUAAACAAAAAACUUACACUGAAUCUAAAGAUUCAGAUGGUCGUCCAGAUGAUGAAGUAGCCGAAGAAAUGUGGAAAUAUCACAAGGCUCGUAAUGACUCCGUGAUUGUUGAUGUCUGCCAAGGACAAUACAAGUCAACACUUGUCUGCCCAGAUUGUGGAAAAUUCUCAAUCACCUUUGAUCCCUUCAUGUACUUAACUUUGCCGUUGCCAACAAGUCUCACUCGGUCAAUGACUGUUUCAGUGUUUUACGGCGACGGUAACCGUUUUCGGACGCCAUACACAGUAACAGUUCCUAAAGAUGGUUCAUUGGGAGAUCUAAGUAAUGCAAUAGGCGCCGCUUGCGGCUUGAAAGACGAUGAAAGCCUUUUACUCGCAGAUGUGUAUGCUCACAAGGUCUAUAAAUAUCUUGAGACUCCACUGCUGUCUCUGAGUGAGAUAAGAGACAACGACCGUAUUGUCGCAUAUAGGUUCAACCAGAUGCACAGAGGACCAGGAAAAGCCAAACUAGAGAUUCUUCACUCGGAGCAGAAACAAGACGCAGAGAUUUCUGGAAAGUUAUUUGGAAUUCCCCUUGUUACUUAUGUCAACUCAGAACGACAUAGUGGAAGUGACAUUGAUGCAAUUAUUUCUGGAUUGCUAUCACCGCUACACCGGACUCAUUCAUCAUCUGGAAGCUUAGAGGAUACUACAGUUGGUGAAAAAGAGUUUUCUUUCAGCGUCUUCUGGUUAGAUCGUUAUUCUUCCAGUCUCAAGCCACUUGAGUCCGAUUUUGUUCCGAAUCCUCUUAGUGCUACAAGGCUCGUAGUCAAGUGGGACGAGAAAGAGCAUGAAAAAUAUGAUUCAAGCAGCUACUUGAAUGAUCUACCUGAGGUUUAUAAAGCAACUUCCUCGGUGGCGGAAAAGGUUUCUUUGUUUUCAUGCUUGGAAGCCUUUCUAGCAGAAGAGCCUCUCGGACCAGAUGAUAUGUGGUGUUGUCCUGCUUGCAAAGAACACAGGCAAGCGAACAAGAAGCUGAACUUGUGGAAGUUGCCAGAGAUUCUUGUGUUCCACCUAAAACGGUUCGCCUAUACCAGAUUUUUAAAGAGUAAGAUUGAUACGUUCGUGGAUUUUCCGAUUCAUGACUUAGAUUUAAGCAAGUACGUGAAGAAUAAAGAGGGUGAGUCGUAUCUUUACGAACUGUAUGCGAUUAGCAAUCAUUACGGUGGUAUGGGAGGUGGUCACUACACUGCUUAUGCUAAGUUGAUGGACGAGAACAAGUGGUACGAGUUUGAUGACAGCCGUGUUUCACCUAUAGAUGAGCCUAAGAUCAAGAGUCCGGCCGCAUAUGUUUUGUUCUAUCGAAGAGUGAGAAGUGAGUCAGAGGCAUCGAGUAUGGAUGAGGAUUAGUUCGGAAAAUACCCUUUGCGUUCUUCAGGACUCAUGGCAAAGUUUGCUGAUUUGCUCAAGGUUCAUUCAUUGAUUCUAAAGAUUGUUUGAUUAGGGCUUUUACCUUGGUCCCAGCGAGGGAAAUUUUUGGGGGAAACAGAUUAUAGAGUAUCUAGGUGGGCGGGAGAAAAAUUGGCAUAUUGUUGUUCUUCUUACAUUUGCAAAGUGACGGUGGUUAACUAAUUACGUACAAGUUAAUGCUGCAACAGAUUAUUUGGUCUUAGCGGCAUGUUUACUGAUUUGAGACAGGAGAAAAACCUUUCAAGGAAGACAAUCAUUUUGAAAACAAAAAUUUUGGUCCAGUAUCGAAUAACUCUAAGUUGAUUAUUCUCUAGCACACAUUUUGAGUUUCUUUUACAUUCAUAAACACUUUUUAUAUAUGACAUUUUUUUGUGGCUUCGACUGGUUUUUUGGAUAACUAUACCGUUAAAAGGAAAGAGAAUGUUGGCUUUUUUAUUAUUUUUCUUAUUCUUCUUUAUGUUUUACUUACUUUUGUAUUAAAAUCUAAAAUAUAUUAAACAAAAAUAAUUGUCAUAAUAAACUAUAUAUAAAAUUCUCUAUCUUUUAAUAUCCAUUUUCGUAUAUAUAUGUUAAAUUGUAAACAAAAUUAAUUGUGAACGUGGACACCAAAGUAUGGAUAGUAGAGUAAUACACUAGUUAUGGACAUGGACGCCUUAACACAAAGGUCGUUGGCUGAUACCUUUAAAACCUUGUUCUUCGCUAAAGUCUCCAGGAAAGAAAAAACCCACAUAACCAAGUUUCUACCGUUACUCCCACCAUCACCGGCACCACUGACACCUUCACCACAAUCGAGUUUCGGUUCUAACUCGUUAUAGGUCUCAUCUUUCGAUCCGAUGUACACCGAUCUGCUGGAGACUUCUCUCGUAACCACAUCCAAUCCAACGCAACUAGCUCUCAAUCUCUGAUAAGACAGCUCGAUCAUAGCUGUCUUAUCAAAGAUCUGAUGUUAUAUACAUAUUAUUUUUACUUAUUAUUAUUUGUUUAACAUUUUUCAUAUUAUGAAAUAAAUUAAGAAAUAUAUAUUGAAUAAUUUAUAAAUUAUAAAAAUUUUACAUGUAAAAUUAAAUUGAGACAUAUACAUUAAUUAAAGAAAUCACUUUUGUUUAUUUACAAUCAUUUUGUGGUAAAUACAUUAAAACAAUUAUUUUAUUCUAUUUGUAUUGUAUGUAAUUAAAUUUAAAUAAUAUUUACGUAGAUAUAUAAUAUAUUUUCAAUAGGAGUAUCUACUAAAUGAAAUUUCCUAAUCAUAUGAUUUUAUGAUUAUUUGUAUCUUUAACAAAAAUGUUAAACCAUUAAUAACAAAACUUUUAGUGUGGGACUUUUAAAAUUUUAAUAAUUUAAUCCUUCUUGAAAAUUCAAUUCAAAUUUUGAAAUUAAAAUAUUAAGUUCCCAAUUUCAAAAAUUUGAAACUAUUGAUCACAAAAUUUUCAUUGUGAGACUUUUAACAGUUUUUGUAAUUUAUAGUUGUUUUAAAAAAUUCAAAAAUAUAACAUAUACGAAAAUAAUCUAAAUUAUGGAUAUGUAAAUUGAGGAUAUUUAAAUUGUUAUCAAAUAUUUAUUAUGAAAAUAAUUAAUUGUCAAGUAUAUAUUCUAUUCACUUUUGGUAAUUCCGUAGCUUUAAUUUAAGGAAAGAAUGAAACAUAUUAAUUGUAGAUUGUUAAUUAAUUUAUGGUUAGUUUAACAAAAAGUAUCUAAUAUAUGUUAAGUGAACCAACAUAUGUUUCUAUAAACUUUAAGAACCAACAUAUGUUUCUAUAUAGGGGAUUCAUUUAGAACAAUCAUAAUCAUUUAGUACGUUUAGAAUAUAAUUGUUUUUAUUUUCAUUUACUCUUUCACAUUAAAUAAGGAAUAGCAUGUUUAAAAAUAUAGUUUAAAUAAUAUUUUUACAUUUUAAAAAGAAAAAGAAAAAACUUUGCAACUGAUAUCCUAUCCUGCAAAACCUUAUUCACUCAAACCUGAUUUUAGGCAACUCUCCUUAGCUGUCAAUUUGUAUGCUGCUCUGAAUCUCUUUGUUCACCAGUGAGACUAAUCUCCACUUCAACCCUUGUUCCUCCUCUCUUUACCAAGUUUCACCACUCCUCCUUCCCUUUUCCUUCUCAUCGGUUUAUUUGUCAUCUAUCUCUUUCGGUUUUUUCAUCUUUGAAAAUCAGAGUUAAUCAAUGGUGAAAAAUCACUUUUCGUUGCCGGUGAUGACCAGUAUCCCAUUUCCCUUCUCCUGUUUUUCUUCUUCCACUGCCAUUCUUCCUUAUCAGUAAUUUACGGUUAUGGUUUUCUCGAACCUUUUUUUUUCUUGUUAGAUUGACGUAAUGUUCAUGUGUAGAUAUAUGAAAUUGUAUAAGACAUCUAUGUGAAUUUGAGAGAGACCAGUUUAGGAUAUAUAAACUUUUUGUUGUGAUUUGGUCAGGUUUGAUAGUGUUUGAUUGCCGAUUGUAAUAUGAAGUAUGUGAUUUUCUUUGUGUUGAAUUACAUGAAUUGUUAAUUUUUGAUUGUCUAAUUAUAUUUUAAUGUUUUUUCAUUUUUUAUAAGUAUGGAUUCGAGUUGCCAAAAUCGAAAAGAAUACUGAAACAGAAAUUCAGAAGAUAAACAACACAUGCAAACUGGCAAUUCCAAAGAUAGUGAAGACAACUUUUCGGGAUGAGUAUAAUAAAGUGAUGAAAGACUUUGAAUUAGUACAACACUAAAUUGCGGCUAUGAAAUCCAGAUUGGAUGGCUUUCUUGAGCUCCUUGUUCAGUUUUCAAAUCAUAAAGACAUGCUAAUAUUUUUGAAGGAUAAAAAUUCAAAGUAUAUUGUUUGUUACACCAUUAUAGCACUGGCGAUCUGCCUUCACAUGAAAGAACGAGACUAGUGUGAGACGUUGGCAUAUAAGUUCCGGUUUUUGUCCAUGGUAACCACUGGCUCUCUUUGUGCAUAAAUUUUGUUACUUAAAUAAUUGAAGUCUUUAAUUGUGCGGGAAUAUAUCAUAACAAGGACAUGAAACCAUUAACCAUCCUCAUCCUUUGGAUUGUCAAAGCUGUGCAGUCACCGACUAACAGAAUCAUUUUGAUAUUCUAGAUAUCACACUAUAUUUAGUCAUAUGUGUGUUGAUGCCCUUCCUAAACAAAACAAGAGCCGUAGUGAUUGGGGAGUGUAUACAUUGGAAUUCAUUGAGUUCCACUUUCUAAGCUUAAAUUUAUUUUUGGUGAACGGCGACAAAGUUCUUAAAGACCAAUAUAAGACUUCAUAUAAUCUAUAAAAAACAGCAAAUGAUCAUGUACUGACAUUAAAUAUGUCAAAAUACACAUCUCGUUUCUGGCGACAUUGUUCAAUGGCGCACACGAAAUCAGAGAUAGAGAUCCGAUUUAAGAUUAUUGAUGCUUGAAUAUGAGUUUGAUUACUAAUUAGAGGGAUUCGAGAUGAGAGAUAGAUGAAUGAGAUCAUGAAGAUCGUGGUUGGGGAAGGAAGUUUCGAAUUCGAAAAUGAGAGAUUGGGAAUUUAGGGUUAGCAAGUUGGGUCGGAUCGGGUUGAUGGGUUAUGGUGGUUGGGUUUGUAAAUAAACUGAAGUUCUUAGGUUUCAUGGUCUUUUUUUUCUAUUUUCGAAUUAUUUUUAAUUCAUUUUUUAAAUAGAAAAACAAGAGGUCCAUUCUAUAUUUUUUUUUACCCUUUCUGUUAUCGGAUUUCACUUUGCUAAGGCAAUUUUUUUGUUGUGUUUCAAUUUAAAAUCAACAGGUCCACCACAUGUCUCUUUCGUUUAACUUUGAUUUUGAGUUGUGUUAAUAAAACAUUGAUCUUCUAGAUUGUCUUUUGAAGUCAGCGCUCUGAAUUCUAUUAUUCUUCCCAGUCUACUUGUCAAUCGAAGAAUCUGCUGCGCGCUUUGGGGGGGUAAUUACGUGCUUGCUCCAACCGUAAUGGGACGGGGAUCCAAGUCCUCCGUGUUGGGCCUCAGUAUCUAUAAUAUCAUAUGUAAUGCGCAUUGGGCUUUUAAUGAAAUUCAGUUGACAAAAAAAAAAGAGUCCGAACAUUGUAACGUGACAUUCAAAUCCCGCAUAGAAAACAAACGCAUCACUAGAUUUGAAAAAGAUAUGGUUGUCUAUUGGGCAAAGGAACAUAUUCUCUUCCAUUACCCUUGUUCGAUUAUCGAUGUAGCUAGCUAGUUG